GCAGUACCGUAAUUACAUGCAUCGAUUCAGGGCCUGUAUUGCUUACCAGUCCUACCCGUGUACUAAGUGGGAAACGAGACAACGCUGUGCCAACGGCUGGACUCACAACGGGAACUAUAACUGCAUUAUACUAGACUGCGGAGCUACACCAGCCAUCUUGAAUGGAGCAUACACUCCUUUAAACACAACAAACACCACUUACGUACUGCAAGCAAAUGUAAUAUGUGAUGCUGGAUAUGAAUCGAAUAUUAGCAAGAUUAUUUGUCAGGCAAAUGCAAAGUGGUCAACAGCAAACUGUGUUGCAAAAGACUGUGGUACCAUUCCCAAAAUUCUAAAUGGAGUGUACUUCCUGUUAAACAAAACUACCACCUCUUACGGAUCGCAAGCAAAUGUGACAUGUGAUGCUGGAUAUGAAUCAAACGUAAGACUCAUUAUGUGUCAGGCAAAUGCGACGUGGAAAACAGCAAUAUGCAACCCAAAGGACUGUGGUACCAUUACCAAAAUUCUAAAUGGAGUGUACUACCUGUUAAACAAAACUACCACCUCUUACGGAUCGCAAGCAAAUGUGACAUGUGAUGCUGGAUAUGAAUCAAACGUAAGACUCAUUAUGUGUCAGGCAAAUGCGACGUGGGAAACAGCAAUAUGCAACCCAAAGGACUGUGGUACCAUUCCAAAAAUUCUAAAUGGAGUGUACUACCUGUUAAACAAAACUACCACCUCUUAUGGAUCGCAAGCAAAUGUGACAUGUGAUGCUGGAUAUGAAUCAAACGUAAGACUCAUUAUGUGUCAGGCAAAUGCGACGUGGGAAACAGCAAUAUGCAACCCAAAGGAUAUGGAUUUAACUGCGAUAGGUGAAGACGACAACACGAGUGAUCCACCUGUAGCCAUCAUUGCCGGUGCAGCAGGAGGGGGUGUGGCACUUAUCAUAUUCAUAGUGGUUAUUGUGGUCGUUCUAAAAAUGAGGCGACCCCAAGGUUGCGAAUCUACGAGGAACGUGCACGAAAAUAGGGCAUUUGAUGGGAUAGCUUCUCAUGGCACAGACAUAGCAAUAACAGAGGACAAGUCGACGUCAGACUACAGUAACCUGGACGAUGAUCCGGAUAUGUCUCAUACAUAUUCAUUCAUUCACUAACGCUGCUGUCAUAUAAACGGAUACGCCACAUACAAAUACAAACUUUAAUCCCAAUGCUUAGUGCGACACACCGGAUGUAUCACAUACAAAUACUUCACUGGCUAUUCAUGAUGUUUCAAUUCGGACAAUACACUAAUUUGACAUGUACAAUCUACUGAUCUAUUGGAUAAGUGACAAGUCAAUAAGGCAUGCUUUGUCUUAGUUUGUACUUUCUUUUGCACACCAUUUUAAUAAUAUACUUUGUGUUGUAUAUAUUAUUCUAACUAAAUUAUGCUGAAAGUUCUACAACAUAGUGCACACAGCUACAUGUCUUUUGAUAAAUUACGUGGUGUUCAAUUGGUGUAGUUGAUUGUAAGGCUUUAACAAAGUAAACUAGAUCAUUAUGCAACAUUAUUUGUUUUAAACAGAUAAUGUAUACAAUUUCGAGAAUUUCUAACUUCACCAAAUAUAUAGUUGAUACACACGACUCUCUUAUUUGGUUGAUGUACAUUCUAUUAUUUUAGGCCUUAUAGCGAAAUGCUGAAGUUGAGUUUAUGGCAGCGAUCUUUUUGCGAUGUCUUCAACGAUCGUUCGUCCCACGUUUACAAUUUCUUCUUCAACCCUACAUGUAAUUGCAAUUUGAUUUAACUUAGUAAAGUUGAACCUUAGGUAGUUUGCUGUGUGCAUGUCAUUAAUAAUUUACUACUGGGUGAUAAACGUGUAUUAUAGACGUGGACAGUUUCAGCAAGAUCUGCUUAUAUUGAACUGUUUAUAUUUAGCAAACAUAUCAUAGUAAGAUCGUCCUCUGCUAAUUAUAUGUGAACUGAUUCGAAACCUACACAAUCAUCUUUACAAAUAUAACUGAUUUGUCUGAGUUGAUAAUAAAAGAUGACUUGUC